UUGUCCUUCACACUCGCCCUGCCUCUCUGGUUCUGAACGCGCCUGCUGUGCUGAGGUGUCGGGGAGCGGCCGCAGAGGCCUGUGAGCGCCCGCUGCCCCGCACUGGGGAGCCCUCCCGGCCCCUCGGCCGAGGGAACCCAGAGGGGGCCUUUCGGAGCCCUUCCUUCCCCUUCCUCCAGCGUUUGCCCACCUGCUCUGAAGCCGGCUUGCACGGGAGGCCCCUGGAGCCCGAAGGGCAGGGGCUGAGGCUCAGAGCAGCUGGCUCAGAGUCCCCGCCCCAGGCGGAGAGAGUGGAGAGCUGCAGAAAAUGCAGAGAUGCUUCCACUUCACAUGGCAAAUUGGAGAAAGAGCCAAGCGGGCGCCGCAUUCCUGCCGGAAGCAGGACUGUACCUGACCGGCCAUGACAUCCACAGAGUUCGCAAACCUUAUUCCGAAUAUGUCUGGUGACUACAGCUACGAUGCCACAGCUUCUGGGGAUGACGACGUGACCUUCAACUUCCCGGAAGUCUUCUGCAAUAAGUCCAGUGUCAGGCAGUUUGCCAGUCAAUUCCUGCCACCCUUGUACUGGCUCGUAUUCAUCGUGGGCACGGUGGGCAACAGCCUGGUCGUCCUUGUCUACUGGUACUGCACGAGAGUGAAGACCAUGACCGACAUGUUCCUUCUGAACCUGGCAAUUGCUGACCUCCUCUUCCUGGGCACCCUCCCCUUCUGGGCCAUCGCCGCCGCGGACCAGUGGAAGUUCCAGACCCUGGCAUGCAAGGUGGUCAACGGGCUGUUCUGGAUGAACUUCUACAGCUGCGUGCUGCUGCUCAUGUGCAUCAGCGUGGACCGGUACAUCGCCAUCGCCCAGGCCAUGAAGGCGCAGAUCUGGAGGCGGAAACGCCUCGUGUACAGCAAAAUGGUUUGCUGCACCAUCUGGGUGAUGGCCGUGGCGCUCUGCACCCCGGAAAUCCUGUUCAGCCAAGUCAAGAGGGAAUCUGGCGUCUCGGCCUGCACCAUGGUGUACCCGAGGGAUGACAGCACCAAAGCUAAGUCGGCUGUCUUGACGCUGAAGGUCAUCCUGGGGUUCUUCCUGCCCUUCGUGGUCAUGGCUUUCUGCUACACCAUCAUCAUUCACACCCUGAAGCAGGCCAAGAGGUCGUCCAAGCACAAGGCCCUCAGGGUGACCACCGCUGUCCUCAGCGUCUUUGUCUUGUCUCAGUUCCCCUACAGCUGUGUCCUGCUGGUGCGCACCAUAGACGCUUACACUGCGUUCCUCUCUAGCUGCGCCAUUUCCACCAACAUUGACCUCUGUCUCCACGUCACGCAGACCCUCGCCUUCUUCCACAGCUGCCUGAACCCCGUUCUCUAUGUGUUUGUGGGUGAGCGGUUCCGCCGGGAUCUUGUGAAAACCCUGAAGAACUUGGGGUGCAUCAGCCAGGCCCAGUGGGUUUCCUACACAAGGCGACAGGGAAGCCUGAAGCUGUCAUCCAUGUUGCUGGAGACAACGUCAGGCGCGCUGUCCCUGUAAAGGUGUCCGCUCCGAGGCACACGGUCCAUCCUUCUGGAAGUAAUGGGACAGGCAGCCCCCAUUUCCCCACUGAGGGGACCAGAGGAGACCGAAGCUUAGAAAGGAAAUGAGGGGAGACAUGGAGAAAGGGAUGAUCGGAAGAGCAUUAUCACGUUCAGUCUUAAUUUGCCAAACUGGAGUUUUCGAAAUUGACUGCCGCAGAGGCCGCCGACGGGCUAGUGGCCGCGCUUCUGCAGACGGACGAGCAGCGGCGAGGCCCACCUGGGCGCACGCAUUGAUGCCGCCGGCCGGGAGCAGCCUCUGGGUUCGAGGCACUCUGUGAAUCGUCCUGGCCUCAGAGCGGGUGCUGCUUCUCCUGGAAGGAGCAGAUGAGCACCGGCCUCUCCACAGCCACCCAGCAGUGCGUUCCCGCACGUGUCUGUCUCCGGGACGUUACCCUCUGGGGUCCCCAUGUGGGUCUUACAGAUCCUCUCCCUAGAGCCUUUCCAAACAGCCUCAGGUCCGUUUCCUCUGCUGCCCUUGGCCCCCUCUAGGCCGGUGAUGAGGGACCUUAUUCCUCUUCUGAAACCGAGUGCAGGACCGCUCAGGGAGCCCCUGGACAACCGACCACACCAACAAGUCACCACAGGCUUUUAGCUCCAACCCAUUUCCGCAUUGUUCGGGAGGCCUGGGGCGCCAAGCCUGGCCACAGGGCUGACCGGGGUGAAGGUUCAGCUUGUCCGCCGGCAUCGUGCUGUGGUCUGAACAGCCUGAGCAAGCACCGCGGUGCUCCGCGUUACCGGGCACAGCCCUGGCGUGGCUGCGUGGCCCUGGGGCCAGACCUUCGCCUGCUCCCUGGAGGGUGGGUUGGCACUGUUGUUCUCUUCCAUGGCCCAGUGCUUCUUCCCCGUUUCUUCCUCUCUAGUGCUUGCGUUUUGUUAGCUUUUCACCCUAGAAACUAGGCUGAAAAAAUAUGUACUAUAAAUCAUUUUUGCUUUGUGUCUUUCACUGUUUGGCAGAUUUAUCACAUUUGAAAACAUUGGAGAAGUGCUUUUUAAUGUGUAUUUAAAAUAUUGAUUACUUGCUCUUUAUUUUCUUAGUAUUUUAAGUGGGUGUAACUAAGGGAUCAAAUAGACAAUGAAUGGGAAGAGGAAGAGAAAUAAAAUCUCCAAUGA